CGCGUGAUUUCGCCUCAAAUGAGAUUUCCUGCAAUUAAAAAAAUCUACGUCCAAAUUUUCAGGAAAAGUUUUAAAUUUUAGCAACACAAGUAUCGUGGGGUGAGUAGAACGAAAAAUGGGUGCACCGUCUGCCGAGGAAAGGGUGGCGAUGGAUAAGUUGCGCGACCAAUUAAAGGAUAUUCUCGCAACGAUUAGCGACGACUAUUUCAAAAGUGACAGCUUUUUCAUAAGAUUUCUUCGAGCACGUGAGAAUAAUGUGGACGCGGCUGAAAAAAUGAUUCGAGCCACUCUUACUUGGCGUCGAGAAAACGGGAUCGAUACCUUAGCAAGCGAGCCUAUCAGCCCAUUUUGUGAUGCCAACUUUCCUGUCUCGAUCGAGGGGAGGGAUCGUGUUGGAAGACCAUUGGUGACUGUGCCCAUGGGACGCUGGGAUUUGAAACAAGCCAACACGGAUGAUGAGCGUGCCGUUGAAUUUCGAAGAUACAAUAUCCAAGUGUGUGAACGUAUUAUGGCGGAGAUUCGACGAGCGGAUGUCGAACAAACGGGUCACGUUCCGAUUACACAGUACACGGUCAUCUACGACUGGGAAGGAUUCUCAUGCCGCCCAAUGCUCAGCAUUUCCCUGGAUAAACGGAUGGUGCAAAUAACGACGCUUGUCGAGUCAAAUUAUCCCGAGACUUUGGCCAACUGCAUCUACAUCAAUUGUUCAUCCUUCAUCUCCACCGUCCUCUCCAUUAUCAAACCCGCCAUGAGUUCAAGAACGUUUGGAAGGAUUCGCCACUUUGGUGUGGACAGGGCUAUUUGGGUCCCUGUGGUCCUCGAAUUGGUGGACCCGACCCAGUUAACUCCACAAUUUGACUGGAUUUUUGACCUGAACUUGAAUUAAUUCAAAGAACCAGUGAUGCAAUGCAGAGGAGAGAACAAGUCAAAUUCUGGAUUCAUCUCACUCCUUCCCUUAUCAUCUCAAGUUUAAUAACUUAGCUGGUUAGUACCCAGAAAAGUAGCCGAGAGGAAUCGCGUGAGUCAGUCAUCAUCCAACUAAAAGUAUACACUUUACCAUAAGAAGAACUUGGAUUGGAUUAAUAUUUGAAAUUCAUAAGAAUACAGUCUUUCUUUA